GAGAGAGUGUGUGAUAGAUAGAGGGGGGGUAGAAUGACAGUUGAAAGAGCAUGUGUGUGUGAGAGGGCUAGAGAGAGAGUGAAGGAGAUUGCGAGCAAGCGGAGCGAGAGCUGAGAGCAAGAGAGUCCCUUCUGUCUCUGGUAGGGAGAGAUAGAGAGAAAACAAGGGAGAAAGAGAGCCUGAAAGGGGGAGAGAGAGAAGAGAUAGAGCGUUGAGAUCUUUCUCUCUGUCUCUGCUGAAGCACAGGAGUCUAUGCCCGAGCUGGAUCCUGCAUAACUCCUUGUCCUCCUCUUCCUCUUGUUGUCUGCGCUGUCUUUAAAACGGAGGGAACCCUCGGACUCAGAGCUCAUCCGUUGCCGUGGCAAUGGGCUGUCGGCUCUCAGGGCCGUGGUUCGGCGAUGGAAUGGGGGUCAGUGGGCGGAAUCUGAGUCACCUGACUAAACGGGAUCUUUCUCACCUGAGCAAACGGGAUGCUCUUAGAAUCCUGGCUGCCUAUGAGAACCCAAUCACGCUGCAGAUCAAGGGCCGGCGUGGGAGGGGUUAUGGCUUACAGGACUGCAGCACGCAGACGGAAAGACACUGGGAGCCCCUCCCCCUGGCCCCCCACCUGGCCCUACACAGUCUGGGGGUCACAGCAGCCGAGACCAUGUCCAGGGUCAACCCGGACGGACACUACUGCAGGCACAUGAGUCUGCCUCGUGAUCACCGUGACAACGGGAGAUAUGAGUACCUGCCCAACGCUCCACAAGACAUAGAGGACAUGGAUCCACUGGGCUACCAGGACCCAGAGCUGGACCAUCGUGUUCCAAGGGAUCAGAGCUGUUUGACUGGCUGCUGCAACACCAACCUUGAGGAGCCCAGCAGUUUCCACAGCCAGACUGAGGAUGAGGACUAUAUGUUGGAGAAACCUCUGGGCUACCUACCUCUCCACCAUGAGCUGGACAGCGGCCUGGGCUGGACCGACGGUAGCCUGCACCAGGGAGACCUCUCUGGCCUGGAGACUGAGGAGGGGGGUCUGGAGGAGUGUCACCCCGGGGGAGGAGGCUCCGGUGGGGGCCUGCUGGUCAGUAGAGGACGGGGUGGAGGUGGUGGGUCUCCGUCCUCUGAAUCCUUUAUCUCGUCUGAGCUGAGUGACUCUGGCUUCUAUAGCGUGAGCACCGGAGAGUUCCGCCGUUUCCAGAAGCUGUUAGAGAAACGCAUGCGCCUGUACAAUGCUCGUCUGCACCACCAAGGGGAGGUGUGUGCACGGGAGCGCCGCGACAGCUGGCAGAAGAACCACAGAGAGCUGCUGGAGGCCAUCCCUGAGGCACUGACCAUGCAGCCCCAGCACUGCCUCACGCCUGGCCUGACUGCUCCAUGCAUGGGCCCUCCACCCCGAGGACUCUUCAGGGUGUCGUCUGUCCAGUUCCGGAAAGCGGAUCGUCCCUGUCUGGGCAAACACAGCUCCAGCAGUGGCUCCCUCUUCAACCCCCAGCACACCCCUGGCCCCCUCUCUGUCCACGCCCCUGUCCUCUCCACCUGCAGUACCCUCUCCGGUCACCACAGGCUUCUGCUGCAGCACCAGGGCUCCAGCUCAGAGGGUCAGCUGAGGAGAAGCAGGACCCUGCACCACCGGGCUCCACCCCAGGAGCGUGUCAGACGGGCCAGUCACCCGUCCUCCCCCUCUUACGCCACCCUGCAGCACUGUGGAGUAGCUUCACUUAGAGACCUGGAGCUGGGCCUGCCUGAAGAGGGAGAACCAGAACUAGUGCUCAGACACCCAGCAGGACUUGCCCCCUCACCUCUGCACCAUGCAACCUCUCCGGGGGAACACAGAGGGGCCAUGCCCUUACCCAGGGGACAUUACUGGGACAAUAGUGGAGGCCGUGACCAGCUGGUUAAUGACAGGAGGCAGCAGGAGAGGAGCUUCAUGACAGACCUACCAGUGUGGGAGAGGGAGCGAGAAAGAGAAAGAGAGCAAGAAAGAGAACGAGAAAGAGAACAAGAGAAAGAAAGAGAGAGAGGAAGAGAGGUGCACCGCUUCCACACCCUCAGCCACCCUCCCCAGACAUCCAUGGACAUCCAUGAGACAUGGCCUAAACCAGCCAACCGUCUGUCCCGCCAGGGGUCCGGGGGUGGUGGGGGCCUCUACAGCACCCUGGAGAGCCACACUGGGUUCGGAUCUGGGGUCAUUGGAGUGUCCAGGAUGGGCUCCAAUCCUAACCACAACCUUGAUACUACCCCUAACACCAACCCCAACCUUCCUAACCCUAACGCAAGGGCUGUGAGGAACCAGAUUCUCCGUGACCGGGCAUCGCGGUUAGCGGACGAGCGCAGCGGGAUGAGUACAGAUGAGGAGAGCCAGGAGGUGAUGAGGGGGAGGUACUGGAGCCGCACUGAGAGACGGGAGCACCUCCUACUGGCCCGCGAGCAGAAACAGCAGCAACAACAACAACAGCAGGCCAGAGGGCAGCAGGCUUACACCAGGCCAGGAGCCAAUGGAGGAUCAGGAUCUAUGAGAGAUAUAGGGGUCAACACAAGAGGAGGAGCUAUGGGUGGACAGGGGGGAGGAGUUAUCCGAGAAGGAGAGGCUAUGUCUGGAGGGGGAGGGUCUUUGGGAGACGGCCGGUGCAGCACGGUGCUGGAGCUCAGCCAAAAGAAGUUGAGUCGUCUGAGGAACAGGAAGCUGUUAGAUGAUUGGACGACGGUGGAGGAGCUGCUUACUCAUGGGACGAGGCUGGGCGCCGGGGAGGAGAUGUCCCUCUGUCCCAGCUCACUACUGACUGUGACUACAGUAUAGAGUGUGUCUCUGCGUGUAUGUCUGUGUAUUUUUCCACCAUAAAGCACCAUGGACAAUACAUUUGUUUGAGGGUAAGUGUAUGCGUGUGAGUAUAUAGGUGUGUGUCACCAAUGUACAGCACCUCUGACAAAGUGUUUGUAUGUGUCAGACCUUCUUACUGACUACUGCAAGUGUGUAUCUAUUACAAUCUGUGUGUGUGUGUGAGAGAGGAUCGGUCUGUGUGUGUGUGUCUGCACCAUGUAUGGCUACCUCAUGCUCAUGGGGUUUGUGAAUCAAUUUGAAACACAAUAUAUUAUCAUGUCAUUUUGUUGAUUUUAUCUUUGGGUAUCUUUUGAGUGCAAAAAUGCUGCCUGGUGACAUUGAUGAAACUCUUACAUUUGGACUUUUUUGCCUCAACUAAAGUUGUGAUUGAGAUUUCUAAAAGCAAUACUGCAUUGUAAGAGAAUCCACCAGAAAACAGCAGCUUACUGGAGAGGAGAUGCCACAACAAAGCUAGUGGAGAACUGUGGAUUGAUAACCACCCUACACAAUCAAUGUGUUUUUGUAACAGAGAUUCCAUUGACAGUCUGAAAGGGGAAUGGUGCUGCAGUAGAAGAUUUUGCUACCGGAUGUGAUCGUGCUAAAACUACCUGGUACCCUUGAUUACACAACAACUAACGCAAUCCAUCCGAUCAUUGGAAUGAUGUUUACAUUGCCUGUCUAUUGAGGCUUUCAUUCUGUAUUCUGAAGUGGUUGUUCCAGAGAUAGGUACUGCAGAGUAGAUGGUGUAGGCUGAGCUGGCCAGGGGUUAGUGGUUUGUUGCUGGAGGUCAGGGCUGUUGUUGUUUAGUACAUAUUCAUUAUGGAACAUACGGAACAACGCUAGGGUACAACGCUCGGGUUUAACACUGGUGGUGUGGUGUCACGCUCUAAUGUCUGUCAUAUUUUGUUUCUCACUUAAUUGUUCAAUAGAUAGGGGUCAGAUGUCAAAUAGGCUUAUGACAGGGUUAUACGGGGCGGCAGGGUAUCCUAGUGGUUAGAGCGUUGGACUAGUAACCGGAAGGUUGCGAGUUCAAACCCCCGAGCUGACAAGGUACAAAUCUGUCGUUCUGCCCCUGAACAGGCAGUUAACCCACUGUUCCCAGGCCGUCAUUGAAAAUAAGAAUGUGUUCUUAACUGACUUGCCUGGUUAAAUAAAGGUUAAAUGAAUGUAAAAUUAAAAAAUAAAAAUAAAAAAAAUACAGGAUUAUGUCAGGGUUAUGUACGCUUAUGUCAAGGUUAUGCAGGCUUAUCAGGGUCAGGAUUAUGUCAGGGCUAUGCAGGAUUAUGUCAGGAUUAUGUCAGGGCUAUGCAGGAUUAUGUCAGGGCUAUGCAGGAUUAUGUCAGGGUUAUGCAGGAUUAUGUCAGGGCUAUGCAGGAUUAUGUCAGGGUUAUGCAGGCUUAUGUCAGGGCUAUGCAGGAUUAUGUCAGGGUUAUGCAGGCUUAUGUCAGGGCUAUGCAGGAUUAUUUCAGGGUUAUGCAGGCUUAUGUCAGGGCUAUGCAGGAUUAUGUCAAGGUUAUGCAGGCUUAUGUCAGGGCUAUGCAGCAAAUGUUAACUAAAGCCACUGUGGUAGGCACUACUCAUACUAUCAUUGAUAACUGAAAUGAAAGGUGGGAUUUGCUUUUUGCGUAGCGUUAUCAGCACUCAUCAUUACUGAGGCUACAGGAUCACACACCUUAAUGCACUGUGUGUGUUUCUCACACACUCACUCAGCGUGCAUGUGAUUCUUACACACACAGCAAGUAGGACUCACACCUGUCUGGUGUGGAGCUGAGAGAGGCAGAAGAAAGAAAGGAGCAACAGAGAGAGAGAUUAUAUAUAUAUAUAUAUAUACAGUGCCUUGCGAAAGUAUUCGGCCCCCUUGAACUUUGCAACAUUUUGUCACA